AUGACGCCCAUGAUGCUAGAUGCGGAUAGGCCGAAGGUGGCUGCUCCACAGCCAAUUGCCAUUUGUGGAAUGUCCGUACGUCUUCCCGGAGGCCUGCAUUCACCCCAGCAAUUGUGGAAUUUCUUGCUUUCGAAAGGUGAUGCCCGUGGCCAAGUGCCAAAGACCAGAUAUAAUGCCGCCGCGUACUACUCCGAGACGCAGAAAUCGGGGAGCACAAGAACCGAAUACGGUUACUUCUUGGAUGAAAGCAUUGAUAUUGCUUCUGUAGAUACGUCCUUCUUCUCCAUGGGAAAGGUGGAAGUAGAGCGGAUGGACCCGCAUCACCGACAGAUGCUGGAAGUCGCCAGAGAGUGCAUGGAAGAUGCUGGUGAAACAGAAUGGAAAGGACGACCAAUUGGCUGCUACAUGGGGAGCUUUGGUGAAGACUGGCUUGAGAUCUCCGUCAAAGAACAUCAGCAGUAUGGCCAACAUCGAGUCAGCGGAUACGGAGACUUCAUGCUGCCGAAUCGAGUCUCAUAUGAAAUGGAUUUAACGGGACCGAGCAUGGUUGUACGAACAGGCUGCUCAGCAGGGAUUGUUGCACUCCACGAAGCAUGUCUGGCCGUCUCCAGGGGUGACUGUGAAGGAGCCAUCGUCGGUGGCGCCAACCUGAUAAUGGCACCAGGCAUGACAGCGACCAUGUCUGAGCAAGGUGUAAUUGCGCCCGAUGGCUCUUGCAAGAGCUUCUCCGCCGAUGCCAACGGUUAUGCUCGAGGCGAGGCAGUUUCUGCUGUUUUCAUCAAGCCUUUAGCCGAUGCCAUCCGGGAUGGAAAUCCCAUCCGAGCGGUUAUCCGAGCAACAGCAUGCAACAGUGAUGGAAGGGGUGCUGGAAUUGGCCCCCAUGUCCCUAAUGAUAUUUCACACGAAGCUAUGAUCCGACGCGCAUAUGAAGUGGCAGGCAUUUCAGAUUACUCCCAGACUGCCUUUGUCGAAUGUCAUGGCACAGGAACACCAGUGGGAGACCCCAUUGAAGCCCGUGCUGUGGGGCGAGUGUUUGGUCCUUCUGGAGGCAUCCAAAUCGGGUCUGUCAAGCCCAACCUUGGUCACUCCGAAGGAGCCUCGGGCAUCACAUCCCUGAUCAAGGCGGUGUUGUCCUUGGAAAAUCAUAUCAUUCCUCCCAACAUCAAGUUUUCAGCACCCAACCCCAAUAUUGAGUGGGAAGAGUAUGGACUCUCUGUCCCUACAGAGGCUAUGCCUUGGCCAGAGGCUCGAAGUGAGCGGAUCAGUGUGAACUCGUUCGGCAUUGGAGGCACCAACGCCCACGUUGUGCUCGAUUCAGCUCGGAGCUUUGGUGUCGCCCCCGCUGCUCCUCGACAUACUAUAUCACCACAGUUGCUUGUGUACUCUGCAAACAAUGCCGAGUCUCUCAAGCAGAUGAUCACCAACUACACAACUUAUAUCCAGAAGAACCCAGACAAAAUUGCCGAUCUAGCGUUCACUCUGAGCAACAGAAGGGAGCACUUGCCACAUCGGGCAUUCUCUGUGAAAAGCCCCCUGGGUUCGCUCACGACUUCGGCCCCCUCAAAAUCAGGCGAUGCACCAAAUAUAGUGAUGGUUUUCACUGGCCAGGGCGCUCAGUGGCCACAAAUGGGAGGCUCGAUGAUUCACAAUCCAGUUUAUCCAGCGUUUAAAAAGACCAUCCAAGCCCUUGAUUCGCAUUUGCAAACGCUCCCGCAUGUCCCGGAAUGGACUAUUGAAGAGGAGCUUCUCAAGGGACCAGACGAUAGCAGGCUGAGCUCUUCGGAGUUAUCCCAGCCUCUCUGCACGGCAAUCCAAGUGGCUCUCGUAGACACUUUAGCUUCCGUUGGAAUUCGGCCAGCCGCCGUCGUAGGGCACUCCAGUGGUGAGAUUGCUGCUGCCUAUGCUACUGGUGCUAUCACAGCCAAAGAGGCAAUCACAAUUGCAUUCUAUCGAGGCCAGGUCACAAAAUUGCAAACAAAACCGGGAGCCAUGGCAGCUAUAGGCAUGGGCACAGAGUCGGCUCAGGAAUAUCUACAGCCUGGAGUUGUUGUUGCCUGCGAGAACUCGCCCAAGAGUGUUACUCUUGCUGGCGAUAGCGAGGCAGUCGAAGCUGUCCUUGCCAAGAUCAAAGACGAUCACCCUGAUAUAUUGGCCAGACAGCUGAAAGUGGACAAGGCAUAUCACUCUCAUCAUAUGGCUGAGAUCGGUGAUGAGUAUCGUGCUUUGAUUGAACAAGAAGUGUCUGCCAAAACUCCAAUUAAGUUGUUCUUCAGCAGUGUUGAGAACAAGCUCCUCACUGAUGCCGAGAGCUUCGAUGCCAAAUACUGGCAGAUGAACCUGCAGUCGCCAGUGCUCUUCCGUUCUGCAGUCUCAUCUAUCAUGCAACACGAGAUUGCAAAGAACAUGGUAUUACUGGAGGUUGGACCGCACUCCGCUCUUGCGGGCCCCUUGCGGCAAAUACAAGCUCACGUUUCCAACUCUUCUCCUUAUAUUUCAUCAUUCGUUCGCAACCAGGACAGCACGGAAUCAUUCCUAACGGCCAUCGGACAGCUCCAUGCCCUCAAUGCCGUCCCUGACUUGAGUAGGGUCAUUAACGAGGGCUUGACUCUCCCAGAUCUUCCCAGAUACCCAUGGGAUCACUCAAAAACUUACUGGUACGAGUCCCGGCUCGCCAAGGAAUGGCGACACCGCGAAUACAAGUAUCAUGACCUCCUUGGUGUUCGAGUAACGGAGAGUCUCGAUUUCGAUGUUCUUUUCCGAAAUCUAUUCCACUUGGACAAUGCACCUUGGAUUCGUGACCAUAAGGUCGGCGAUGAUAUUGUUUUCCCCUUCGCUUGCUACGCGGCGAUGAUCGGCGAGGCUGUGAGACAGGUCACCGGGGUAGAGGAGGGUUUCAAAUUGCGCAAUGUGAUUGUUAGCACCGCUCUUGUCUUGAAUGAGGGUCCUCCAGUCGAGAUUAUGACAACCUUACGUCGCCAUCGCUUAACUGAUUCCCUCGACAGUGAAUGGUGGGAAUUCGCCAUCGCUUCUCACAACGGAACCGGCUGGACCAAGCACUGCUCUGGUGAAGCUAGAUCGCACAGUGAGCAUGUUGAAGAUACUCAUAAGAGAAACUCUCUUGUGCGCAACGUCAAUACCGCUCGUUGCUACAAUUCCAUGGCUAAUUCUGGCCUCAACUUUGGCCCAGCAUUCCAACGCCUCGAUCACAUCCGAUCCGAUACCGUAACGCAGAAUGCAACAUCGGAGCUUGUUGCAAAGGGUACCGAUGGUACAGACUAUCAUCUGCAUCCCACGAUUAUUGACGCGUCAUUGCAACUUCUUAGCGUUGCUGCAUCCAAGGGCUAUGCGGACCAGGUCACCAAGAUGCUGGUUCCUACUCACAUUAAAGAAAUGUUCAUCUACCGCUGUUAUGACAACGUUGAAAUUAGAGCUUCCGCAUCUUAUACUCCAAACGGUUCCAUUGCCGGUAGUGGGCAGUGCAUUGCUGCUGAUGGCAAGGUUGCCCUGCGGAGCUCUGGAAUUAAACUCUCAGUCCUGGACGAUCAAGAUGCUGGCAAGGCUGAUGAUGCUACUGCCUUUGCAGAAUGGGCUCCACACAUCGAUUUCCUGGACACCAACGCUCUUAUUAAGCCAUUGAUCGACCGGAGUUAUUAUAUGCCCCUCUUGACGGAACUGUCCCAUUUGUGUAUGAUUCACACAAAACGCGCCAUUGCAGGAUUAGACACCCCAAUCAGUCACAUGGACAAGUAUCGAUCAUGGAUUGAUCAACACCUCUUGUCUGUGGAUCUGGAAGAUCUCCAAACUCUUGAAAAUACUGCUAUUCAGCAAAGAGUUAAGCAACUUGUGGAACAAAUGCGACCAACUAAUGCGGCCGAUCUGGCCGUGGCUAUUGAGAGAGUUUUCGACAAUGCUCAGGAUAUUUUCACUGGCAAAGUUGAAGCCCUGGGUGUUCUUCUCGCUGAUAAUGUAUUGAGCAAGCUCUAUGAUGCCAUGGAUCAGUGCGAUAUUUCCCAAUUCCUCAAGCAUUUGAGCCACAGCAAGCCUAAUCUGCGCAUCCUUGAGAUCGGUGGCGGAACAGGCGGAUCUACAGCCAACAUACUGAAACAGUUGACGCCCGGCGACAGAAUCUUGUACACGAACUAUACCUUCACGGAUAUCUCAUCAGGUUUCUUCGUUGCUGCAAAAGAGCGCUUUGCCAAUUAUCCAAAUAUCGAAUAUUCCAGCCUUGAUAUCAGCAAAGACCCCUUCGAUCAAGGCUUUGAAGGUCAGAAAUAUGACCUUAUUCUGGCUACUAAUGUCAUCCACGCCACUGCAUCUUUGAAUGAGAGUUUGAGCAAUAUUCAAAAGUUGCUUGAUCCCAAUGGACGGUUCUUGCUCCAUGAGUUGACUCCUACGUGCAAAUGGAUCAACUAUAUCUUUGGAACUCUGGCCGGUUGGUGGUACGGUGAGGCUGACGGUAGACUUGACGAGCCAUACAUCGGCGUUGAGCGCUGGGCAAGGGAACUCGAAGCUGCUGGGUUCCGAACACCUGAUGCUUCGGUUCUGGAUACAGCGUAUCCUCAUCAGCUCAAUGCUAUGAUCGUUGCUCGGCCGGCAGUUGAAAUCACGCCCAAGAAACAAAUCACACUUCUGACCCUUUCAGAAUCAAAGGAUCCAACCCUUGUGAUUCAGGCUCUGGAGAGCAGGGAAUAUUUGGUUAAUCAUAUCAAGUUUGGAGAAGAGCCCCUGCCUGUCGGACAAGAUGUGUUUGCCUUGCUUGACGAAGAGGUGUCAUUCUUUGAAAACAUGGAUAAUCAACGAUUUGAAAAUUUCAAGCAGAUGAUGGAAACCCUCAAUGAUCGUGGUAUUUUCUGGGUGACUGGGCUCUCGCAGAUCCGAUGCCUGGAUCCGAGGUUUGCGCAGAUCAACGGCAUAGCCAGGACAAUUCGCAAUGAGCUGCUACUCGACUUUGCUACUUGCGAGGUCGAUGAUGUUGGCUCCUCUUUAGAAAAACUGAUUGACGUGUUUGAGAGGUUCCAGGUUCGCCAAGAAGAUGAGACACUCAAGCCUGAAUUCGAAUACGCGAUUCUGGACAAUACUGUUCAUGUUGGAAGGUAUCACUUCUUCUCAGCGCAGGAUGGGAUUGAGCCAAUCUUGGACGCAGAAGGCAGCAUGGCUCUUCGAAGCAGCAAGUCCGGACGCUUAGCUGCCUUACAUUGGGCCCAGGAGGAAAGAAAGAUCCUGAAGGGGGAUGAUGUGGAAAUUGACACUUACGCAACCGGAUUGAACUUCAAGGAUGUCCUAUGUGCCAUGGGCAUUGUUGAAGCCAAAGAUAAUGAAUUUGGCCAUGAAGGUGCCGGCAUAGUCCGCCGCAUCGGUCCAGAGGUACAGAAUCUGAAAGUUGGCGACCGCGUCAUGGUUGUCGGAAGUUGUUUGUUUGGAAGUCAAUUGGUUGUCUCCGAGAACCUGUGUGAGAAGAUCCCAGGUGGCUUGAGCUUUCACGACGCAGCAACCAUGCCUUGCGUGUUCAGUACAUCGUUAUACUCCAUUUUCGACGUUGGAAAUUUGAAAAAAGGACAGUCGAUUCUCAUCCACAGUGCCUGCGGCGGAGUUGGUAUUGCUACAAUCCAGCUUGCUCAGAUGGUUGGUGCUGAGAUUUAUGCAACUGUCGGUAAUGAGGAGAAGGUCAAGUAUCUCAUGGAUACAUUUGGUCUUCCACGAAACAGGAUUCUUAAUUCCCGGGAUACCUCAUUUGUUGAGGACAUCAUGCGGGAGACAAAUGGUGAGGGUGUCGAUUUGGCAUUGAAUUCCUUGUCUGGUGAACUGCUGCAUGCUACAUGGAAGUGUGUUGCGCCGUUUGGAAAACUGGUCGAGAUUGGCAAGCGAGACUUGAUUGGCUCUGCAAAACUUGAUAUGACUCCUUUCUUGGAGAACCGGAGUUACUGCUGCGUUGAUCUUGAUCAGAUCUGUUCGCGAAAGCCGACACUUGCGAAGAAAUUGUUGAAGGAAAUUGUAGAGCUACUUCGAGAGCGCCACAUUCAUCCUAUCAGACCCAUCAAGGUCUUUGACUCUGAUAACAUACACGAUGCCUUCCGCUAUAUGCAACAGGGUGUUCAUCUCGGAAAGAUUGUUGUGUCGAUGCGCGAUGCGUCAGGCCAGGUGACUGCCGUACAAAAUAUCCAGCAACCCAAGAAACCCACGCAACUCGACGGCUCUGGUGCAUACCUACUUGUAGGUGGCCUCGGAGGUCUGGGUCGGGUCAUCUCCACGUGGAUGGCACAACAUGGGGCACGUCAUUUCAUAUAUCUUUCGCGUUCUGCGGGUUUAAGCGAACUCCACCAGGAGUUUGCUCAAGAGCUUGCCAGCAUGGGAUGCCGGGUCGAGUUUGUUCGUGGUAACGUCUCUAAUCUUGAGGAUGUGACCAGGGCAAUUUCACAGGCGCAUGGCCAGCUCAAGGGUAUAUUACAAAUGUCCAUGGAUCUUCGUGACGAGAACUUUAGUCGCAUGACACUCGAAGGAUGGGACACAGCUGUUGAUCCGAAGGUCAAGGGAACGUGGAAUCUCCACAAAGCCUCAGUAUCCGCCAAGGCAGAUCUUGACUUCUUCGUCCUUUUCAGCUCUGUGUCUGGUAUCUUUGGUUUACCAGGUCAAGUAAACUAUGCUGGAGCCAACACAUUCCUGGACGCGUUUUCGCAGUAUCGAGUGAACUUGGGACUACCAGCCUGUGCUAUUGACAUUGGCGUCGUUGACGGCAUCGGCUACGCCUCCGAGCGGGAGGAGAUUUUACAAAGGCUCAAAUCUGCCGGUGGUGUUGGCAGUAUGGUCUCAGAGAUCGAGCUUCUCAAAGCUGUAGAAGCAGCGAUGACAUCAAUGUCCAAUUCUUCGCGACAAGCAGUUGCAAGCAGCUUCAGCGUUGGCAUUCGCCCCAAUGUGCCUAUGGGCGAUCAAAGGAACCGCCUGAUCUGGAAGAAGGACGUGCGAAUGGCAGUCUUCCAUAACAUUGGGAGGGCCGGUGUCAGCUCAAGCUCGACUUCUGGCUCUGACCUGGACGCCUUCAUCGUAGAGGCCAAGACCGGCGCCGUGCUACUGGACCAACCUGAUUCUGCUCAAUUUUUGGCUGUGGAAAUUGGAAAGAAGAUCUUUAGCUUCUUGUUGAAGCCUGAAGAAGACCUUGUCACCUCCUGCUCUCUGUCUGAUCUGGGAAUGGACUCGCUCGUGGCAAUUGAGAUCAGACAGUGGUGGAAGACGACAUUCGGGUUCGAUAUCAGUGUACUUGAACUCAUGGGAAUGGGAAGCCUUGAUGCCCUUGGGGAGCACGCUGCGAAUGGUAUGCUUAAGUUGUUCAAUGGGGUUGCAGAGAAGCCCGUUUGA